CCCAGCCCCAAUUCAGCCCCAGACACCAUCUCUCACGGCACCACUUUUCAAUGUAGCAAAAUGUAAUCGGAAUUAAUUAUACUAAAAUGAGUUGUAAACAAUAUAGAAAACGCGGCGGGGAAAUUGGAGAGUUGUUGAUUGUUGAGGCGACGAUAACGAAGGGAGAGAUGGAAGCAUGGAACGCCCUUUAGAUGUAAACAAUAUCGAAGAUCCCCAGGAGACCGAGCAAAAGACGAUGGGCGAUAAGAAAAGGGGGAACACGGGGAGUGAUGAUGUAGAGGAUGAUGACCUUGAAUACACCACCGACAGCGACAGCGAGGAUGACGAAAGUGUAUACGGCAAAAUUCUCAUGAAAUUCGACAAUCCGGAGAAGUAUGCUGCUUUCUGCAAGCUCGUCGACGAAACCAAGAAAAAGAAGAAGAAGAGAGAUGGAAAACGGCAGAACACACAGAGUCAGAGUAUCAUGGAGGUGGAACACAUUGAAGGUAGUGACGAUGAUAUGUGGUGA